GCCUGCAUCGGCAGCGGCUGCCAAGAAAUCACUACCACGAACAAUGGCCAUUCUCCUCUUCUUAUUCUUCACAUCCAUUUUACCCGUUUCCUACGCUUCGCCGCUGCCGAUCAGUGAGAACUCCACCAGCAUCAACAUAUCAUCGCACCGACGAACUCCAACUGGGAGCUGCGGCACCGGCAACCCGGUGGACGACUGCUGGCGUUGCGACCCCAGCUGGGCAACCAACCGGCAGCGCCUCGCCGACUGCGCCAUCGGGUUCGGCCGCAACGCCCUCGGCGGCAAGAACGGCAGGAUAUACGUGGUGACGGACCCCGGCGACGACGACCCGGCGAGGCCAGCUCCCGGCACGCUCCGGUACGGCCUCGCCCAGCACGAGCCCCUCUGGAUCAUCUUCAACCGCGACAUGACGAUCCGGCCCAGGCAGGAGCUCCUGGUGAGCUCGUACAAGACCGUGGACGGCCGCGGCGCCCGCGUCGUGGUCGGCGACGGCGGCGCGUGCUUCACGCUGAGGAACGUGAGCAACGUCAUCAUCCACGGCGUCACCAUACGCCACUGCAGGCCCGCGCGCAAGUCUGCGAGGGGCUGGGAGCUGUCGGACGGCGACGGUGUCACCGUCUUCCGCUCCCGGGACGUGUGGGUCGACCGCUGCUCGCUGGAGGACUGCGCCGACGGCCUCGUCGACGUGAUCGAGGCAUCCACCGCCGUCACCGUCUCCAACUGCCUCAUGACCAACCACGACAAGGCCAUGCUCCUCGGCCACAACGACGCCUUCUCCGACGACAGGGGCAUGCGGGUCACCGUUGCGUUCAACCGCUUCGGGCCAGGUCUCGUGCAGAGAAUGCCAAGGUGCCGGUUCGGCGUGUUCCAUGUCGUCAACAAUGACUACGUGAGCUGGGAGAAAUACGCCAUCGGAGGCAGCGCAUCGCCGACCAUCCUUAGCCAGGGCAACAGGUUCUGCGCCGGCAAGGAGAAAGAGGUGACGAAGCGCGACGGCGAUCCACCCAACAGCGAGUGGCGGCACUGGAGCUGGAUAUCGGACGGCGAUCUCAUGCUCAACGGCGCCUUCUUCAGGGCGUCGGGCAGGCCGGGACCUGCGGUUAAGGCCCCUAGUUUUGUCAAGUCUGCCUCUUUUGUGGCGCCCAUGACUGCCUCCGCCGGGGCGCUCUCAUGCAACAAGGGUUGUCUGUGCUGAAAGCCACAAUCCUCAGCUCCCCGUAGAUAGGCACGCACAGUAAAGCAGGAAGCAACAAUCUCAGAUUCCAUCCUCUACGGCUCUAUCUGACUGCCUUCAGCUGUUUUGUUUCCCACAAGCUCACGAUAGUCCUUUUAUUCAAUUGAGCAUUGAGUAAUAAGAAUCUUAUAUAUGCCUGGUAGUGUUACUUUU